UUAUUUCCCUUCCUUCACCCGCGACAGCAGUAUUACUAUCACAGUCUGGACCGGGAAGCAAGAAAGGAGAGAUUAAAAAUCUGUGCGCGUUGCUAUCAGUGACGUGUAAAUAUUUCUUUCCUGCAGUUAACAAGUUGUUCAUAAUACAGCCAGGAAAUGGAUCAGGCGAGGAGUCGGGGGCGAAAGCCCGCAGCUGUAAUAAAGCCACAGCAGGGAGAGUCGAAAUCCUACAGGGUAUAUGUCGCACUCGCAAUAUUCCUGGUGAUGCUCUGGAUGUCAUUCCCAACACCGUGUGGCGGACAUGACCAUCAUCAUGAUGAAAGUCCGAGUUUUAAAUACUCGAGACAGGCGAAUGAAAUGUACCAAGAGCAACAUGAUGAAUAUAGUCAUAAGCAACACCAUCAUCACGAUCACGAUCACGAUGGACAUGGGCAUCAUCAUGAUCAUGACCACAAUGGGCAUGGUCAUCAUCAUCAUAAUCACGAUCACAGCAAGCAUGAACAUCGACAUGAUUCCAGCAACGGAAAGGAUGCGAAACCUCCUGCCGACAUAUUCUACAUCUGGGUUCACUCGCUGGGCUCAACAUUACUCAUCAGUGCCGCACCUUUCUUUAUCCUUUUCGCUAUCCCACUGGAGAACACAGAAGAGAUGCAACCCCGACUUAAGACCUUGCUAGCUUUCGCGUCCGGUGGCCUGUUGGGUGACGCUUUUCUGCAUUUGAUACCACACGCCAUCCAACCGCACAUUCACGGGGAACACGGCCACUCUCAUGGACACCAUCACCAUGAGGAAGGUGAUGAGGGGCACUCACACGAUAUGCGUGUCGGUCUCUGGGUUUUGGCCGGUAUUAUAGUGUUUCUGGCAGUGGAGAAAGGUGUGCGUCUGAUCAAAAAAGACGUCGGCGAGGGUCACGGUCACAGCCAUGGAGGAAGUGCCAAGAAAGAGAAGAUCUCCCCUCCAACAUCCCCAUCAAAAAAGAAGAAACCAAAAGCGGAUGACGGUGGCGACAAGAAACAGGAAGCGGAGAGCGCUAAGGCAAAAGGAAAAGCGGUCAAGAAGAAGGAAACCAAGAAAGAACAAAUUAAAAUUGCGGGCUAUCUUAAUCUGGCCGCGGAUUUCACUCACAAUUUCACCGAUGGUCUAGCCAUCGGUGCAUCCUACUUGGCAGGCAACAGCAUCGGUAUUGUGACGACAAUUACCAUCCUGUUGCACGAAGUGCCACACGAGAUCGGAGAUUUUGCCAUUUUGGUGAAAUCGGGAUGCUCGAAAAAGAAAGCCAUGUUGCUCCAACUAACCACGGCAGUAGGGGCACUGACUGGAACUGUUCUCGCUCUGCUUGGUAGCGGCAGCGAUGCAGCCGAGUCGUGGGUGCUUCCGUUCACCGCAGGUGGAUUCAUCUACAUCGCAACGGUAUCUGUGAUUCCCGAGUUACUCGAAGGAUCCACCAAGCUGUGGCAGUCGCUGAAGGAAAUCACCGCACUGCUGGCCGGCGUCGGUAUGAUGGUAAUUAUCGCUAGGUUCGAGUAGUUUAGCCAGUAUUCCCCUUCUUCUCUUUAUUCACUCCAUUCGUUGCGAUGCGUGAUUCCAUCUAAAAAUGUAAACGAGAGAACCUCGCUUUUUCGUGUUUGAGGAAAGUGUUUCCAUUUGAUUUGAGUGCUUUAGAAUUGUAAUUUUAUUUGAUCCUUUAAGUCUAGCGCAAAAAUCGGCAGUUAUAAAUGGGAACAAAAUGUAUUUCAUUUGAAAGGCUUUAAUAGAAGCUAGAUUAUAGCAUUACAUGUAAAAAAAAAUUACAGUUUUGUAAUAAAAGCAAUAAUUUAUCCCACCCGCGAUUCAUUCACAUUAUUCAAUUUUCUUUCUUCGAUUCGAUGACAGCGCUGAUCUACGGUUGAAUGUAUGUUCCGAAGCUCUCUUCAAACACGAGAAGCGGAUUCCUCCGCAUACUUUGUUAUCUAUCACGUAGAGUAAACACAAACCAUGUGAAGAUAGGCGAACCCAAACAGAUCAUAAAUGUGUUAUCUUUAACAUGACACAUGCGAUGGAAAGUGACACGGUUCGAUCACUUUUGAAUCGAUACGUUUGAAAACGCUUCCCUUCCUAUCACUUACAAUUGGCUAUCUGAUUCGGAGAUAUUGGAGUAAAACUCGUUCAACAUUGUGUAUUUUGAAAUUAUACUCACUUUUUACACUAAGAAGCGUUAGAAAAAUAAUGGAAUAUAAUUAACUUUCAUUUGACUAUAGGGAGCAUGCAUUAAAACACUAGAGGAACAGUACGCAUUGUGAUGCGCGUCAUGUAUUACUACAACAUCGAUUUUUUCUUUACGUUCGAUCUACUCCUCGGCGGGUAGAAUGCAUUUUACUGAAAUGUAAUUUAUCAAUUAAAUAAAUUGUCUAUUCGUUUAUCGUUAGCUAUGGGCGAUGGUUGUUUUAACACAUGGCUCCACAUCAUUCCACCGCUAGCUUCUUUCAUAAAUUAAGCUUAUGGCGCGAGAGAUGACUUAAUAAAUAUAAAUAUAUUUACACA